AUGGACGAUGCAAUAGGAGGCAGAUUUAUUAAAGAAUCUAUCAUUGGAGAAGGGAAUUUUGGGACAGUUUAUCGAGCUCUCGACAGCACAAAUAAAAAGCCUGUUGCGGUCAAGGUCGAAAAGCCAUCAAUCGACAUAUCUCAAGUAGAGAACGAAAUCAGAGUUUUAAACGCCCUACAAGGCAACAGAGGUUUCCCUCGUCUUAUUGCAUCAGGAACUGAAGACGGGUCAAUGUACAUUGCAAUGCAGCUGCUCGGACCCAGUCUUGAAGAAAAAUUCCAAGAAAGCAAGCACCUGUUCAGUCUUAUGGUGGUUUUAAAAAUCGCCGAACAAAUUCUUAGCAGGAUUCAAACUUUGCAUAAUAAGUUAUUUAUCCAUAGAGAUAUUAAGCCUCGCCAAUUUUUGAUGAGUCCCAGCGCUGGCUCGCCCACAAUCUACAUGAUAGACUUUGGCUUAUCAAAAUGCUAUCAGAAUGGUAAAAUGGGUCUUCACAUCCAAUACAUGGAAAAUAGGCCGUUUGUAGGGACUGCUAAUUAUGCUUCCAUCAACACACAUAUGGGAAUCCAGCAGAGUCGUCGUGAUGAUUUGGAAUCGUAUAUGUAUAUGCUUUCAUAUUUUUUAAAUGGAAGUUUACCAUGACUUUCCAAAGACCACAGUAUCAGUGACCGAGAAAUAAGGCAAAUAAAAAAUCGAAUUUCUGUCAAUGAGCUUUUUAGGAAAGGACCGCAGGAGCUUGUGCUGAUGAUGGCGUAUAUAAAAAGCAUGGCUUUUGAGGAUAGACCAGAUUAUGAUUAUUUGAUGGGGUUAAUUAAAAGGAUGAAGGCUAAUGUAAAAGUAGAGAAAAAAAGAGGGAUCAGCACACUUAGUGUGAAUACUAUAGAGCAGAAGGCGAGAAAGGUUAGGAAAGCUAUAACAGAUCCAUUUGCGGAGCAGCCAGAUUUGUUUAAGACUGCGAAAAAUGGGGAGAAAAAUAAAAAUGAGCUUUUGAAUCCUGGAGAUGAGGAAGAAAUGAAGCCAGAGCCGAAUUCUGCUGAGUGUAUGACUGAGGAGACUGAAGUGUAUCCAGAAAUCAAGGAUAGGAAUAUUUUAAAAACAAUAAAUACAAAAGAGAGGCCUCAAAGUAGGAGUCUUGACAUAGAUGCGAUGAAAGAAACACAGAAGUGUUACAUUAUGUAA